GGGAAUAGCGUUCCUCAGCCGGUCGCAGUUACGCCCGUUCAUUCAUUAUCGCUUCACACGAAUACUCUCCAAGCAUCUCGAGGAUAACGAUUCAGCUUAUGAGCACGUGAGCAGAGAUGCGAGGUUCGUAACGCUGGGAAGGCGACUUCGGAAAUUCGUCAAAGAUUACCAAUAUAAGACCUUGAAUAACGUCAGUUUUAGCGUCGACAAUUUGGACGAGGUUUCCAAGACUGCUUUUCCGCCCUGCAUGAGAAGAAUUCACGAAGGCCUGAAGGAGAGAAGUCAUCUGCGCUACGGUGCGCGGCGCCAGUUCACAGUUUUUCUCAAAUCCAUUGGCAUACCGGCUGACGAUAUGAUCGGAUUGUACCAAAAACACUUUUGUCCAAAAAUGACAGAAGCCGGUUUCAGGAAGGAACAUUAUUAUCGUUUCCGUCAUUUUUACGGCUUGGAGGGGUCGCGGAUUCAAUACGAGAAUGACGAGUGCAUCAACAUCGCUGAAGGAUCGAAUAUUGGACCGAACGAUUGUCACGGCUGCUUUUUCGCGAACCGCGAUAUCGAAGAUCUCGCGAAAAAUCUCGAGAAGUGGAAAAUUAGUCACGCUCAUACAGAAAAUAUAAAGGCAUUCACACAAACCAAAGAGUACGGAAAAGCCUGUGCCGAAUAUUUUCACGCCGUUCUCGAAUAUCCAGUUAUUUAUCCUAUCGAAAAACCGGAUCAUUUCGUCAUUCAAAGCAGAUUAGUGCGUGAAAAAGCAAAGAAUGAGGAUCCAUUCUUCGAGCCUAACGACAGUGAUGAUAUGAUGGAUUAAUGAUCCGAGCUCGCAGUGCCAAAAAGUUGUGAUUUUUUGAAGGAGAUACCCUUAAACAAUUAACAUUAUUAUUAUUAUUCCGUUUUUUUUUAAAUUUUUUAGUUGAUUUAAAACAUCGGCGAUAACACCGAUUUCGAAAGGUAUUUUCGCGCAUUACCGCAGGCUUUGGCAAUGCCAUGACAAAGAGGCAAAGAAAACAAUAGAAUUUUCUUUUAUUCCGGUUUCGAGAUAGUACGAGGAACCCGGGAAGUUUUAAAUUGAUCUUAAUUUUUAUUUUUAGCGUUAGGUUCGCUAUAGUCGCGCUCGUCGGUAAAAGCGCACGGCUGUGUGCAUGUCAUAUACAUAUAUAAAUGUAUAUAUGUGUAUAUAAACGUUGAAAUAUGUUUUCCCGCGCAAAGCGAGAUUUCAGCUGUGAUUGAAAUAAAAAUUAUAUUAAGAAAUGUAAAUGACAGUUAUUGUUGACACUCAUUUAAAAUAAAAAUAAGUUGUAAGAAAAUGUAGAAGCCAUUGUGAAGUGCGUAUAUCUUGAAAACCUGUGAAUAUUUUUUGGGAGAUAUGUAGUUGAGGUUAAGUUUGCGAAAUAAAUACCGACAGUUAUAUUUUUCUUAUCAAGAAAGUUGCGAAUUACAAAGUGGACGUUGCCUUUUAAGUAGACAUGAUAAAAGUUCUACUUUGUAUUCCAAUGUUGAUAUUUUAAAUAAUGAACUUUUUUCGCAUCAACUGGACGUUCUUUAUUGGAAGAAAUGUUAAUUUGAUAUCGCUGAGAUUCAGUACUGAAGGAAUCUCAGCUAAAAAAACAGAAAAAUUCAAUAACACGAUGAAAGUUCUUAACGUUGCGGAGAAGAAUGAUGCAGCAAAAAAUAUCGCAUCGUUGUUAUCCGGCGGUCAUUCUAAUCGUCGAGAAGGAUUGUCGCCCUACAACAAAAUCUAUGAAUUUGAUAUGAGUUUAUUCAAUCAAAAUUGCAAAAUGAUAAUGACUUCGGUAUCAGGGCAUUUAUUGAAUCACGAAUUUGUUGGUUCCUACCGAAGAUGGCAAGGUUGUCAUCCAUUAGCGCUAUUUGAUGCACCUAUUGUUAAACAAUGUGCAACGGAGAGUAUGGAAAAAAUUAAAAAGACACUUGAAAGAGAAGUAAAGUGGUGCAAUACUCUCAUAAUAUGGACGGAUUGUGAUAGAGAAGGAGAAAACAUUGGAUUCGAGAUCAUUGACAUUUGUAAAGCUGUCAAGCCAAACCUCAGAAUUUACAGAGCCAAAUUUUCCGAAAUCACUCGGGCUUCGGUUCAAAGAGCGGUACAAACCUUGGGAGAACCCGACAAAUUAAUCAGUGAUGCGGUUGAAGUAAGGAGCCAAUUGGAUUUAAGAAUAGGAGCAGCAUUCACGAGGUUUCAAACGCUCAGAUUACAAAAAGUAUUCCCAAGAACGCUCGCUGAAAUGCUCAUCAGUUAUGGCAGUUGUCAGUUUCCCACGCUUGGCUUUGUGGUCGAAAGAUUUUUGGAUAUAGAGAGAUUUCAAGCAGAGCCCUAUUGGAAAAUCAAAGUAAUCGACGACCAUGACAAUAUAUUUGUGGAGUUUAGGUGGGCACGGUAUCGCCUCUUCGAAGAAUUACCGUGUCAAGUUUUCUUGGAUAUUUGCCAAGAGCACGGUAUUGCCAAGGUUGAAAAAGUUAUAGGCAAACCCAAAAGCAAAUGGAGACCUUUGCCUCUGGAUACAAUAGAACUCGAGAAACAAGGUUCGCGCAAGUUGCGGAUGAACGCGAAGGAAACAAUGAAAAUAGCCGAAAAAUUGUAUACUCAGGGUUUAAUAAGUUAUCCUCGUACAGAAACAAAUAUAUUUCCGAAGGAAUUGAAUUUAUCGACGCUGGUUCAACAGCAGGUGAAUGACAGGGCAUGGGGAGAAUUUGCCCAGCGAGUUUUGGACGAUGGUGUAACGCCUCGAGUAGGAAAAAAGAGUGAUCAGGCUCAUCCUCCGAUUCAUCCAACGAAAGCGGCGAGCGGUCUUCAAGGGAACGAGGCGAAAGUUUAUGAAUUCGUGGUUCGUCAUUUUUUAGCAUGUGUGUCGAAAGACGCCCAAGGUUAUGAGACUACAGUUGACAUCGACAUCGCGGGGGAAAAAUUCUCUGCUUCUGGGCUCCAAAUAAUCGCCAAAAAUUAUUUGGACGUAUAUAUUUAUGAGAAAUGGAACGCGAAAGAAAUUCACGCUUAUCAACAGGGUCAAACAUUUACACCUACGAGCAUAGAAAUGGUUAAAGAAAAAACGUCUCCACCAAAUUUGUUGACGGAAGCGGAUCUCAUCGCUCUGAUGGACAAACACGGCAUUGGCACCGACGCAACACACGCCGAACACAUCGAUACGAUCAAGGCGAGAGAAUACGUCGGUUUACGCGACGGAAUUCAUUUUGUGCCUGGCAAAUUAGGUAUCGGCCUCGUUAUGGGAUACGACAAUAUGGGCUUUCAAAUGUCGAAACCGAAUCUUAGGGCAGAAUUGGAAUCCGACCUCAAGGCAAUAUGCGAAGGUCGUAAAGACCCGGAGAGGGUACUCGCAGAGCAGAUCGAAAAAUAUCGUAACGUAUUCAAAAUUGCUCUGGAACGAGCUAACUUGAUCGAUACGGCUUUAUCGCAAUAUUUGGACGAACCACCGGCCCAAGCUGAGCAGCUUGAAAACAUUAUACCCGCCGAAGACCCGACGGUUUUAAAAUGUCCACGAUGUGGUCUUAACAUGGUUUUGAAAGACAGAAGGCAAGGCACUGGGAAAUAUAUCGGUUGUACCGGUUAUCCAAAUUGCAACAAUGCUAUUUGGUUACCUCAGGAUGUAACGGUGCUCGAAGUGCUGGACGAAAUUUGUGGCCAAUGUCCGAGUCAAGUUCACAAGCUGAAAUUGAAAUUGAAGCCAGGUGCAUACCCUAUACCUGGCACAUCUCACACCGCCUGCAUCGGUGGCUGUGACCCUUAUUUCAAUGAAAUGAUGAAUAUCCGAGAAGCGAGCGUUCGUCCGGUGAAUCGUUCGAGCGACAGCGGUUACGGAUCAAGUUUAUCCGGCGGAGGUUCCAGGACGAUGACGCAUAGCUCGAGCAAUACUCAACAUCAUGGAAGAGGAGCUUCAAACGCGAUUCAUAGUGGAAGAGGAAGAGGAGCUAACUCAGGAAAUCGUGGAAGAGGAGCCUCGAGCGCGGUGAAUCGUGAAAACGGAUCUCGGGAAAGCGGCGGAGGAUCUGGGUCCUCGAACACGUCGAGAAAAAGGCCGGCUUCCAGUGCGACGCAAGCUUCUCAAGGUCCAUCGUCGUCGAAGAGGCCGACACCCUCGGCAACUCUCAAUACGAGCUUGGGAAACAAUUGGAACGCCUGGGGAACGAACGACGAGGAGGAGGCUAUUUAUUUAUGCAAUUGUAAUGAAAGAGCCCGCUAUUUAACCGUUAUGAAAGAAGGGCCUAACAGAGGACGAAAAUUCUACAAGUGUCCCAAGCCCCGCGAAGAACAAUGUAAUUUCUUCCUCUGGGCUGAUGCUGAUGAUUCGUCAACCUCCAACACUGCUCGAGCUCAACAACCCACUCGGGCCCCUCCCCCGUCAUUCGACCAUACAUCACCUCCUCGCCACCCUCCACCGUCUCAAGUCAAACCUGGAGCAGUAGUAGCUUCGGGCUCUUCGCGUGGUCCAGAUUGUCGUUGCGGGAAACAAUCUGUGGAACGAACGGUCCGUAAGGAAGGUCCAAACAAAGGAAGAAGAUUUUGGACUUGUGGUCAAGGGAAUUCGCCUGAAACUGUAUGUGGUUUUUUUUCCUGGGCCGAUGAGACUGCGGUACCAGAAAGCAAUGGAGGUGAUGAUUGGGAUGGGGAAGUACCAAGUUGGAACGCCGGACCAUCCAGAGGGGGACGAAGCCGAGGGCGAGCGAGGGGAGGCGGGGGUGGAGCAAAACGAAAAUGCGGUGUGUGCGGAGCUGAAGGUCACACGAGACGAACGUGUCCCCAAAAUUCUAUGGAUUAGAAAAAUCUGGCCGUCGGUUGUAAAUAGUUGUAAAUAGCGUUGGAAGAUAAAAAAAAAUAUUUUUGUACAGCUUCCGGGCGAACACCCUGGUCCUGAAGAGUUUACGUGGUUGUAACGAUAUGACGAACGAACUGCAAGACUGAUAAUUGUUGCUUACGACUAUUACAAGGACUAAUUACGUCGCGGUGCGUUUGCUGUAAGAUAAUUUGUUCCUCAAGCUCUCUAGUUCGCCUCGAUGCAUAUGUACCUCCGCCGUUGUUUCAGUUAACUGUGAGUAAACGAAAUCUUUAACAAUUCACCUGUGUUCGUUGACGUUAAAAUCACUCAAUCUCCAACAUAUAUCAUAUUCACGUAGUAUAUUUUUUUAUUUUUAUAAAGCCAAAUUAAAAACAAUGUACGUUACCAUGUCGAGGAGCAGUUCGAAUUUCAACUUCAAUAAAUUGUUUUCCUCUUCAA